UGGAGGUUGGGAUCUCUGUACCGCUUCUGGUCCAUAUUGCGGCGUCUUCUUUCGGCGACACAAAUUCGCGCCGGAAUCGUGCAACCAUUCACACUUUGUUGGUUCAAGAGAUUACGCCUGCAUGAUCUUGCGCGUCCUACGUCAGUCUGCCUCCGAUCCCGUAAUUGCUCGUCUCGUCAAGGUAAGUUGGCCACUUUUCGUGAAGGCUUUUGUGACUGA